AUGGAGAAAACCCGGCCGCUAUGGGACAAUCCCUUACAGUUUGUUUUCGCGUGCAUUUCUUAUGCCGUGGGGCUGGGAAAUGUGUGGAGGUUUCCAUAUUUAUGUCAGAUGUACGGAGGAGAGGAAACGCACUCCGAGAUGUUUAAGUGCUUGCAGCUUGUUCUGUGCAAUGGACGUUGGCUUGCGUGUGGUAGGGAUCAGUGCGUGCUGGCCGUCGGGAGGCCAGCUCGGAGCCGGGGGCGCGUCGGAGCUGCCCUGCGGGAUCGGGUCAGAAAAACCCGGAGAAUGCAGAGGGUGAAACUGCAAUGGGAACUAGCUACUGCCAUGGCUGCAACUUGUUUUAGACAUUUCAGACAGCAGAAGUGCGAGUUAGAGGUGCUGCCUUUCUUGGUGUAUCCCCCCUCUGCAGACGCGCCUGAGGGUGAGGACUUCAUGUCUGAUGCUGAACUCGAGCGCAAAGCUCACGGCGUCAAUGUUCCUGCAGGCAGUGCAGCCGCAGGCGGUCGCUUCACCGUCAGGCUCCCAAGGGAGAGGGGUCACAAAGUCCGGACGAGGAAGCCGUCCUCGCCUCCGUUUCCUCUGGGCUGCGUCUAUCGCCGGCACUGGCCCCUUCCCUCCCGGCCCCUCAACAUCGCGCCCUCGCGGGAGGCGAGCGGCGGGCUGCAGUGGGAGCAGGCGCUGUGCCUGACGCUGGCCUGGCUCGUGGUCUACCUCUGCAUCCUCCGCGGCACCGAGUCCACCGGCAAGGUCGUCUACCUCACCGCUUCCUUGCCCUACUGUGUCCUUAUCAUAUACCUGAUACGAGGAUUGACGCUCCACGGGGCUGUGAACGGGCUCGUUUACAUGUUUACCCCGAAGGCUGUCCAGGGCACAGGACUAGCGUUUAUAGUCUACUCCGAAGCAAUCAAAAACAUGGAGGUGUCGCAGCUGUAUUCGGUGCUCUACUUCGUCAUGCUGUUGACACUGGGCAUAGGCAGCAUGCUGGGAAACACGGCCGCUAUCCUCACGCCGCUGACCGACAGCAAGUUCAUCGCCACCCGUCUGUCCAAGGAGGUGAUCUCAGGUAUUGUGUGUGUCAUCAACUGCAUCAUUGGCCUGACUUUCACCAUGGAGGCUGGAAAUUACUGGUUUGACAUAUUCAAUGACUACGCAGCCACCCUCUCGCUGCUGCUUAUCGUGCUGGUAGAAACCAUUGCUGUGUGUUACAUUUACGGGAUAAGAAGAUUUGAGAAAGAUCUUCACGCAAUGAUUGGACAUAAGCCAAGCUGGUAUUGGAAAAUUAUGUGGGCUUUUGCUAGUCCUUUGCUAAUAAUAAGCCUAUUUAUAUUUUACAUCACCGACUAUAUCCUCACAGGAACACUGCAAUACCAAGCAUGGGAUGCCACACAGGGGCAACUGGUGACAAAGGAUUACCCCAGCUAUGCCCUGGCUGUGAUUGGGCUGCUGGUGGCAGCAUCCACCAUGUGCAUCCCCAUGGGGGCUCUGAUAACUUUUAUUAGCAGGAGGCUGAAGAGGGAAAACAUUUGCAUGGUUGCAUGAACACAGACCAGGGGACUCACGAAGACCUUUCCCGCAGUGCCAGUGACUGGGCACUUCUGGAAGACCACAGCAACCUUUAUUUGCAGCAGCCGUUCAUAGAUUGAGAACCUCGGGUGCUGUAUUUACCAAAAAGUGCUCUUAGGAGGUCCCACAACAGUUCAGAAAAAAAACAGAAAAAAGCUCUUCUGUAAGAGAUGAAGCUUUAAGAUGGCCUCUGUAAGGGGGGAACGGGGAGGGGGGAACAGAACAGCAGCUCACAACAUGCUAUUUAGCACAAACUAACCAGCAUAUUGGCUAAUUAUGUAACAUUAGGUUGUUCUUUUCCACUCUGCCUCUGUGGAAACGGGAGCAAUGAACUAAGCAUGUUCUUUCACUGAAGUAUCGGUAUCCUUACCCUUCCAAAGAGCCAAACUUAACAUGCAUGCUAUUUGAAAUGACAUCUAUAUUUAAUCUGUUCAAGUUUUAUGCUGUGAAUGUAAUAAUUCCUUUUCUAGAAAAGGAAAAUCACCAGGAAGGUAUCAGAGAGAAAUACAGCCAAUACUGCUUCUUUUAUAUUUCUGCCCAGCAAAGCAGUUUUUAUAUAAGCUGCAAA